AUGGCGUCUUCGUUCAAGCCGAGCCGGCUUCAGCAACAGCACCGCGCUGUUUUCGAUUCUUUCACCAUCGGUCGGUUAUUUUUUGAUAAGAUUGGCACGAAGAAUUUUUGAUUAAUUUGGCUUUACGGGUUUUCUCUUAAAAAAGGCAUGAAUCAGCGAUUCUGAAAACGGCAAAGAAAAUAGAAAUUUCGAUAUAAGCACAAGCAGCCAUUUAAGCGCUCUUACUGGAAUUUUUUAUGAAUUUUUCAAACGAUCGGCAGUCCAUCAAUGAAUGCUGAGCAAAUUUAUGGAAUCCUUCAGUAGACCUGCUAGAAUGACCUCUCAGGUAUAUUCGAAAAUUUAGAAUGUCUUUUCCAUGAAGUAAAAAGGACAUGGUGGGUCUGCGGUAACUAGUUUUUUCAAAAGAUCGAGAAAUACAUUUUUCAAUAGUAACACCUCAGGAUCUCCGAAAGAAACACCGAGCACAACGGUCGAUCCUUUCCUCAUCCGACCCCAAAGCACAUCCAGCGCGGUAAGAUUCAUCCAUUGUAGAUGAAAAACAAACAAAAGACUUAGUUCCCAUCGGCGGCGCCUGUUACACAUACCGCGUGGACGGAGACGACUAAACUGAAAGAAGAUGAACUCAGGUGACGUCAUCUUGGCGAUGAAGGAAAAUAUUAGGAAAUUCAGUGUUGUCUACGAAAAGUCGAAAGCGCGCUCAACGGAGUUGAAUCAGUCGGAACCUGUGUCUCUGAGAAGCUCGACGACGUUCUCGCCGCCCAAUUGCAUAGAUGAGGCUGAUGAACGUCGAGGACGACCAGCGACUUCUUGGGCUCGUGGAAGGUUUUUUAGUGAAAUGAAGAAUCGCGUCAGUAUGCAUUUCAAACAGCCAUCUCCAAUGAGUACCACCAGAUAAACGUUUUAUUUUUGCAAUUUCGAUAAGCAUUCAAUGAGGUCUAGGUUCAAUGAGGAAAAGGUAAGGCUGGCUGACGAGACAAGCUGAUAGAGUUCCAGAAAAUGAGGAUCUCGAAAUAAUCAAGAUCUUUGAUUGUUCAUUCAUUCGUCUUCUGUCUCAUAUGAGGCAUAGAUGGUCAAGUACAGAACUCAUUCAGACCGGGAAGAGGGGUUGGAUUAGAAAGUUUUUGAAUAAUCAGGAAAAAAACAUUCAAGUUUCAACCUCAGGAGGUAGUUUUGGCCACAAUCGUACAAGUUUUAGUCACAGUUUCAGCCACAAUAAAACAAGGUGAAUACUCGAGGGAGGGGUCGGCGGCCUUAAAAAUGGGUUGCUCAUGUAUGAUACAGAGGGACCUGCAUUUGGCACUUUCACUCUUUUUUCAUUCUCGUGAGGAAGAUCCCCCGUUAUCAAAGUUUUGAAGGACUUUAAAGAAGUAUAAACUCCGAAAUUUGUAUGAUUCCAAUGUUCAGAGAACCUGUGAAAGUGGCGGGCGACGUUUCUUUGACGGGAGCCCAGCUGCUGCCAUUUCUGAUCAAGGCGACUAUGAGGCUGCCGAGCGUGAGUCUCAGCUCUGAGACCGGUGUCAGUUUUGUUUGUGUUUCAGGUUAAAGGCGAAGGCGUUCAAAUUCGAUUACAGCAGUUGGAGGAACUGAUUGAUCAAGACGUCUUUUCAGAAACUUGUAUCAAAAAUCUGAACUUUGUAGUUGAUGGUAGGAAGAUCCUCAAAGGAAGCCGAAGAUCUGAGUUUCAGCGAUCGAUCGUGGAGCUUACGAUGAGGCGUGGCGAUACUACGAGCUGAUGAAAAAGAAAUUCCCCGAAGAAGUAAACAUUUAACUUUUCCAUAAUCUGUAAACUAGUUCAUACUAGUUGCUUUUAAGAUUAGGAGUAUGUGAGUUAAUCUUUUGUGGGAAGGGCCUCUCUAUUAAAAACAAUUUAUCUCUUAUUUUUGCAUCAUUGCGUUCAAAAAUACAAGAUCAAUGUUUAUCAGUAGGGAGAUUUUAAAAAAAUAAGCUCCAUAUGUUCUUUGACUUUCAGUUUCUUUCUGGGUGUCUGGAAAUCAGGUGCGAAUAUUGAGUCGCAAAAAUUUGCAUUAUUAAUCAAUUUUUAUCUAUAUUUAUUGUCCUCUGAGCUCGAUUUAAACUUGAAAAUUGUAAUCAGCGCGGAUAUGAGGUGAUUUAUCUUUGAAAAAAGUUCUUCCCAGAAUAAGAAGAAGUUUCAAAGAGUUUUUCGCGGUUUGAGUCCGGGACUUGAUUUUCGGAUAGCUCAAACUCAAAUUUAUAUUGAGGUUUUUUGAAAGUUGUUCCGUUAGGUAUCACGCAUGCAGAAAAAUUAAAUGUCACCCAAUUAAGGUUAUUAGCCCAACAUUUCUAUCUAAAAAAAAUUUUUUAUUAUUUACAAAACCAUUUAUCAGAAUUUUCAUACGGCGUAGAACUUUUCAAAAACAAGAAAAAAUUACAAAAAUUCUGUAAAGAGUUAAACCCUUCUUGCACACGCAAACGGUUUUUGAGAGGAAGAAAUGGGUAAUUCAUGUUUACUGCACCUUUUCCUUCAAGCGCUGUCAACUGUGGCGUUCAGAUGUCUUCGAACUGGGCCCACGGUCUGCGGCUUCUGAUUCGCGAGUUGAUGCCCCAGCAGAGAGGAGGACGCGUUCUUUCUGCAGGACACGUCAGAAACCACUAA